CCGGCGGCGGCAUGGGCGGCGAGUUCGGCUGCCGCUCCCUGGCGCCUCUAGGCUGGCUGUACAUGGUCCAGGGGAUUCCCUACGGCCUGCAAGAUAAAUUCCUUCCCGUCCAGCUGCGGUCUAUUGGUCUGAACUAUUCCAGUGUAUCUUUGUUGAAGCUGUUGCUGCUGCCUUGGAUAGCCAAAGGAAUAUGGGCACCAGUGGUAGAGGUGUAUGGUGGCAAGCAACGUUGGCUCCUCAUAUCCACUUUAGGUCUUGGAGUUUCAUCUCUCGCAGGCUCAAUGAUUGCCCCAGAUGAUGUAGUGAGUCUGGGUGUUAUGCUGCUCUCCCUCAACCUAUGUUCUGCUGUUCAAGAUGUAGCAGUAGAUGGCAUGGCACUGCAAGUGCUGUCAGAUGACCAGCUCAGCCUUGGAAACACUCUGCAGGUUGUUUUAUACAAAGUUGGCUGUCUAGUUGGUGGAGCUGGACUGUCAUUCCUUCUAAUGUACAGCAACUGGACUGUGACCUUCACCAUUCUCGCAUUCACAUACAUGGUGAUCUCUGCUGGUGACCAAACCACCUGUGGUGCAAGAUAACAUAUUACCAUACUUAUUUAACAGGUAUGUCUAGCCAUCCUUACACACUCAUCUUAAUGUCCAUUUAUAUGUAGUACAUGAACUUCUCAAGAUCUACUUGAUCAUACACCUUUUAACACUUACUUCAGCUAUUUCUCACUGGCAUACAUCAGGAAUGAAUUUGUACAGUCGAAGUCCAUAAACCCAAAUUCCAGUGGUUUAAAGAUUUCAUUUGCAUGAAUUCUGAAGGCAAGAAAUUAUAACCUGAAGAAACACUAAUCUGAAUCCCUUAACCAUUAUUUGCUGGAUGGGUCUGUCCCCCUCCAUGCACAAUGGAUUGGCAGAUGCACUAAACCACAUGUUUAUCCAUGUUUACUAGUAAUUUCAAGAAAAAUGAAUUUGAAUAGUCCAUUUUCAAUUUCAUGUUCAAUGUCUCUCCUAUGACAUAAGGACACAGUGACUGCACCAUUAUCAUAACUUGCAAGGCACUCCCACAACUUUUCUUUCAUAUAUCCAUCCUCAUGGAAAUAACAUCUACUGUUAAAGUACAUGCAUCUGAAUUCUAUUGGUCUGAAAAUCUCAGUGGUUUGAAUUUUGAAGGGAGGAAAUUAUGAGUAAUCCAAUAAAAUCUCUAUAAAUAUUGAAAGGCAGAAAAUUGUGAUUUUUGCGAACCCCUUACGUUCUUAUGCUCUUACUAAACACCGCCCGGGGAUGCCCGGGGUUAAAUUAGUUAUAUAUUCAUUGUUUUUAUCAUCAAAUAUAUCUUGAAGUUUGAUAAUAAAUGUAUAUACUGUAUGUCCAUCAUCAUUUGGCAGCCUAAUGGAUAGUUAUAUAACGAAGCCUAGCCUCACUGUCCAGAUUUGUUGCAUAUUCACUUAGAUUGUGUUAUGAAGACGGGAGGCACGGGCCAGCCAUCAUCAGGGGGAAGGGGCUCAGCUGAUCGCUCUUGCCUCCCAAAAUGUCUGACAGUUGUUUUUCCUAAAACAAAAGCGAAGCGGUGUGACAUCAGUGCAACCCCUCUAUACUGUCCAAACCCCUUAUGUAAGAGUUUACCAGCAUCUUCUUUCUUUCAUUCCCUUCACUGGUAAACUUUGGAACAGUCUUCCUUCGUCUGUAUUUCCUCCUGCCUAUGACUUGACCUUUUUCAAAAGGAGAGUAUCAGGGCACCUCUCCACCCGAAAUUGACC